GCCGCCGGCGACUCCGGGGCUCCAGGCUGCGGGGCGGACGCAGCGCCGAGCGAUCCACCGCGGAGCCGCGCGAGGCCGCCCGAGCCCCGAGCCCCGAGCCCCGAGCCCCGAGCGAGCGCCGCGGCCGCCGCGGCCGCCUCGCGCCAGUCUGUCCCUGGACGCGCUGCCGCCGCCGCCACCGCCGGGAAGGCAGCGGGCGCCAAGCAAGUUGCGAGCGCGCCUCUCCGCCCGGGGGAAAGUUUCCCCCGCGGCCGCCGACGCGAGUUGGCACGGGGUCCGGCCGCUGCGGCUGGAAGAGUUUAUCCUGAAGCCACUAUCGGAAAGAGACCUCAGGAGAAUCUUGACACCCCAGACAGAAGACACCAGUUGAAAAAGGUGGGCAUCUCCUUGGCAGCCGGGGCUUGCAGGGACCAGAACUUCUGGCACUGUCAUCAAAGCAAUGUGAACCCUUUGCAUUUGAACUCCUAAAAACGUGGGCACAAUCUUUUUCCAGACUUCUCAACUCCGGCUACCCAGGACAAGCUGGGCCAAUAAGGGAGACUGAUCAGGAGACGCUGUCCUGCUGACGUCGGAAGAACUGUCCAGGUGACAAGUCGGGGGAUCACCAUGGAAGGCGACUGUCUGAGCUGCAUGAAGUAUCUGAUGUUUGUGUUCAAUUUCUUCAUAUUUCUGGGCGGGGCCUGCUUGCUGGGCAUCGGCAUCUGGGUCAUGGUGGACCCCACCGGCUUCCGGGAGAUCGUGGCCGCCAACCCCCUGCUCAUCACGGGCGCCUACAUCCUCCUGGCCAUGGGGGGCCUGCUUUUCCUGCUCGGCUUCCUGGGCUGCUGCGGGGCCGUCCGGGAGAACAAGUGUCUGCUGCUGUUCUUCUUCUUGUUCAUCCUGAUCAUCUUCUUGGCAGAGCUCUCAGCAGCCAUCCUGGCCUUCAUCUUCAGGGGAAAUCUCACCCGUGAAUUCUUCACCAAGGAGCUCACCAAGCACUACCAGGGCAACAACGACACGGACGUCUUCUCCGCCACCUGGAACUCUGUCAUGAUCACGUUUGGUUGCUGUGGGGUCAACGGGCCCGAAGACUUUAAGUAUGCAUCAGUUUUCCGACUCCUGACUUUGGACAAUGAUGAGGUGCCAGAGGCCUGCUGCCGGAGAGAACCCCAGAGUCGGGAUGGGGUCCUGCUAAGCAGAGAGGAAUGCCUCCUGGGAAGGGACCUGUUCCUGAACAAGCAGGGCUGUUACACGGUGAUCCUCAACGCCUUCGAGACUUACGUCUACCUGGCCGGAGCCCUGGCGAUAGGGGUGCUGGCCAUCGAGCUAUUUGCCAUGAUCUUUGCCAUGUGCCUCUUCCGGGGCAUCCAGUAGAUGGUGUGGCCUGAAGCUUGAAGACACACCCCGCCCACCACUGCCCAGCACCCAACGCCAUCCCCUCCCCCGCACCCCUGCCCUCUUGGCCCGGGGGGAGGAGGUGAGGCCAUCAUGAGUGGCCAGGAAAAGGGGCAGAGGAAAAUAGCUAUUUUUUUAACAAAACAAAAAGAAGACAAAACUAUGGACUGAUACAGCCCGUCUGGACUCAGAGUGGGCACCGCAGGUUCUCUGCAUGGAACCACGCACACCCAGGAGGCAGUCUGCACUGGAGACCAAAGCGACAGCAGGGCCAGGCCCCCUCCUCGGCCCAACCAGAUCCGGCAGCCUGGGACCUGGGCUUCAGGACUGGGUGCCAAGAACAUUGAGGAUGUCGGCAAGAAGGAAGCAAGAGGAGAUGGUGGAGGAAGGCUGGCGGAGCCCAGGGGCCCCCAGGAGACCUGGUCACCACGUCCUCGAGGAUUUGAAACCUCCUCGGAAUCCCUGGUCCCCCGAAGAUGGAGUUGUCCUGCCUCAGGCUGGGGCCAACAUUAGGAUCCAGACACUGGACUGAAGAAUGUCCCGGCUGGUCGGGUCCACGCUUCCCCAUCUGUCGGACCAAAUAAUCUGGAAAGUCCAGAGAGGGGCAGUUUCUCAUCCACAGUCACACAGCACACGCAUGGCCGUUCCGAACAAGAGCCCCGUCUCCCCGAGGCUGCCUGUCCUCCCAAGGGUCUGCUGGUCCCAGCAGAUCUGCUCUCACAGCUCCCUGGCCUCCGCAUCCUGGUUUCCCCAGAAGAGAGAGGGCACGCUGCUCAGGAGUUGCCUCCUCCCAGCUACACAGCUAAGACUGUUCUGGACUCUACCCUCCCUGCUCUCCACACCCCCACCUCCCCACUCUUCUCGAAGUCCCAGGAACACGCACACACACAUGCACACACGCACCACAGCCCCUUUUCCACACUGCCCACCUUUCCCCACAAGGCCCUCCCUGGGCUCCACCAACCUCCUGGCUCCAAGGGCUGAAAGGAACCCCCGGGAUCAUCUGGCUCGCCUCUCCUCACUCAGAAUUGCCACUUGGAUGCCUUCCACAAGACCCCUGCCAAGACUUCUCCAUCUUCUUCUUGCAGACCUCCAAGGACAGGGAGCUCACUACCUCCCAAGACAGGCUUCUUUUUGGACUGCUCUGACUUUAGCAUCAGCUCAAUACACGCAAGAGGUUUCUGUUUU